AAUUAUGUAAUAUGCGUAUGGGAAUCAUGACCAUGCAUAUGCUAUCCAACGGGCCAUCAGCCGGCGGGGUCAAUUGGCGAAAUCAGUUGAGCGCGAGUCGUGGCCGAGAGUAGAGAUGCUUCUGAGGCUGAAGUUGUUCGGGCUGCUGGCUGUGCUGGCAGCUCUGUACUGGUGUGAUGUCACGGCCGAGUUCUAUUCCUCCGUGCAUGCGAUGUCCAAGGUCUUUCGGUACGAGCAGCAAAUGCUGCAGCACAUGCAAAAAUUCAUCGCUGAUAAUGAGAGCAAAUUGGAUUUUCUGCGAGCGCGGCUGGACGAAUUCGAGCGCGAGCGUAGCCAAGCCGAGCAAUCGGGCGUGACGUACUUCGAAAGUCCGCUGAACAAAUAUUUGCUGAGCAAACGCCUGACCCUGGACUGGGAGCACAUUGCGAAUCUCAUGGCAGCCGCAACCGGAGCGAAGCCCCUGGCACGUCUGCAGCGGUUGCGCCUGCGAGAGGACAUGCCCAAUCCCCGGGAGCUGGAGGGCGCCAUCGAUGGACUGCUGCGUCUGCAGUACAUUUAUAGAUUGCAGACCAAGCAUGUGGCUGCUGGAAUACUCGACGGUGUUUCCUAUGGCACCCAGCUAGACGCUCAGCAUUGCCUGGACAUAGCUGAACAGGCGGCGCGCGAUGAGCAUCUGCAGCUGGCGCACGCCUGGCUGCUGGAGGCGAACCGCCGUCUAUUGGACAAGGAUCGCGCUCAGCUACUGCCAGUGAUUUUGGAGCAGCUAGUCAAGCUGAAAGCCAGGCUAAGCCAGUCUGAAAGCCGAGGCAUGAAUAAUACCCUGGAAAUGCUGAAAAAUAUAGAGCCAGGCAGUGAGAGGGCCUUGGAUAACUGGGAAGAGCUUAAUCAAAUCCAAAAGCAAAUCGAAGAGCUGACCGCUGACCCAGUCGAUGAGCAUGCUCCCCUACCUGAGGACCUGACCAAGCUGAGCGACUUUGAGCUCUACCGCCACACCUGCAAUGGUCAUAUAAGACCCACGCCGUCAGAGCUGCGUCAGCUGCGCUGUGGCUACAUGACCGAGACGCAUCCCUUUCUGCUAUUGGCACCCCUGAAGGUCGAGGAGCUGAGCCACGAUCCACUGCUUGUGCUCUUCCACGAUGUCAUCUAUCAGAGUGAAAUCGAUACGCUGAUGAGGCUAGCCCAAAACAAAAUUCAUCGUGCCACAGUCACGGGUCACAACUCUUCCGUUGUGUCCAAUGCGCGCACCAGCCAAUUCACCUUCCUCCCGAAGACGCGCCACAAAGUGCUGCGCACCAUCGAUCAGCGCGUGGCCGACAUGACCGACCUGCACUUGGAGUAUGCGGAGGAUCAUCAGCUGGCCAACUACGGCAUAGGCGGCCACUAUGCCCAGCAUAUGGACUGGUUCUACCCGAUAACCUUUGAAACUAAGCAGGUGUCCAAUCCGGAAAUGGGCAAUCGCAUUGGCACCGUCCUCUUCUAUCUCAGCGAUGUGGAACAGGGUGGAGCGACGGCAUUUCCCGCUCUGAAGCAGCUGCUCAGACCCAAGAAAUAUGCAGCCGCGUUUUGGUACAACCUGCACGCCUCGGGCGUGGGCGAUGCGAGGACCAUGCAUGGCGCCUGCCCCAUCAUUGUGGGCUCCAAGUGGGUGCUUAAUCGCUGGAUACGUGAGUUCGUGCAAUCGGAUCGCCGACCCUGUUACCAGUGGGACGACUCGAAGGUCACGCUCAGUCAGGUUUUAGAGCUAACCGGAAGUCAACUGGAGUGA